AUGAAUAUCGUUGAAGUUCAACCUAUGGAGGGAGGCGACUACGGCGGACAUUACCCUGAAGAGGGCCACGGACAUAACGACUUCCACCAUGCUGGAGACCCCUUUGGCCAUGGAGGAGACCCCGCGCAGAAUGGAUUCACCCAAGAAGGAUAUCCAGCCCAGAAUGGAUUCACCCAAGACGGAUAUCCAGCCCUAAAUGGAUUCACCCAAGAAGGAUAUCCAGCGCAGACCCAAUUCGACCAAGGAGAAGACCCAACACACAACGGCUUCGGCCAAGGAACAGAUUAUGGGCAUAACGAAUUUGGCCAAGGAGAAGAUCACGCGCACAACGGGUUCGGUCAAGGAGAAGACCAAGGGUACGGCGACUUCUACAAUGAAGGUGGAACGGGGCAAAAUGAUGAGGAUGGGGAGCAGGACCUGGACGCCAAAUUACAGGAGCUCGAGCACAAGCUCGACAAGCUCGAGAAAAGGUAUGAGACUACAUACUAUUCCGAUGAGCCGGAUGAGGUUCAACAACCAAAGCUCCACCAUCAUACAGCGGAUAUAACCAUGGUUUGCUUCAAAAUCCUGCAAAUUGACCCAGAAAAUGAACGCGCACUGAAUCUACAUCGCGAUCACUCGGCCUCCCUCUUCAACCGCUUCUAUGGCCACGAAGGCGUCGACUAUAGUGAGCACAAGCCUAAAAUGUCGGAGCACAUCUUUGGAGUUCCCCGUCCAGAAGGCAUGGAUAGCGACCCUGGUGAUGACGAGGACGAGGACGAGGACGAGAAUGGGCAUGAGAAUUAUGGUGACAACUUUGACAAUGCAGACAAUCCUGAAUAUUCCGGCGGAGAACAUGAUGACCAGUAUGACCAUGGGCAUGACGGGGCCGGGGAAGGUGACGAGUACCCAGGUGGCGAUGAUGACUACCAGAAUCAAGAUUACGACCCCGAGCAGUCUUGGGAUGAAGGCAACAACGGGCAGCACGACGGGCACUGGCACGACGGAGGUGACGAUGGCAGCGGUCCUCAACACGGUGGGGGCCAAUGGUAUGAUGGAGGUGAUGAUGGCAGCGGUCAUCACCAUGGCGGGCAAUGGCACGAUGAAGGUGGUGAUGGCGGUGGUCAACAACACGAUGGGCAAUGGCACGAUGGAGGCCAUGAUGGCAGCGGUCAUCACCAUGACGGGCAAUGGCACCAUGGUGGCGAGGAUGUUAGUGGUCAUCACCACGGGGGGGAUUGGCACGGUGGAGGUGGUGAUGGCGAUCAUGAAGGAGAGCAUCAUUGCUGA